UACAGGUCAAUAUUUAUGGAAGGCAUUGAUUGCACGAUUGCGCCGCUGAUUGUUCUUCCCCUUACAUCUCUUUCUCACUUCCAUCCCCGCCUUCCACAGAUCUGAUCCACUCCCCCCACCUUCCCCUCGUCCUUGGCCUCGUCAUGAGCACCUCCACGGCUCUCAUGGCGGCGGCAUCGCUGCUGCUGCUGCUGGUGUCGCUGGCGGCGGCGGCGGACAUCCAGAUGGCGCACAGGGAGAGGAGCGAGGAGGAGACGCGGCGGAUCUUCGUGGAGUGGAAGGCCAAGUACGGGAGGAGCGCCGGUACGCGAUCUUCAAGGACAACCUGCUGCGGAACAUCGAUCAGCAGAGCGCCGCCGGGAUCGAGCGGCAGCUCAACAAUUUCUCCGACCACACCCAUGAAGGUGGAUCCAAUUUGACUGGAGCAUCCGCCUUCAAGCGAGACGCAACGGGCCGGCCUAGUUCGGGGCUCCGCUGCACACGCGUGUAUGUUGUUUGGUUCGCUGUGGUUACUUUCUUUUUCUUUUAUUAUUUUUAAUUGUUGCUUUUUUAUUUGCUGGUUCUUUUCUUCUUUGUCUGUUUUUUCUUCAUUUUUUCCUACUUUUCUUUUAUUUUUGCGCUUUUAUUUUUCUAAUAUGGUGAACAUUGUUAAAAUACAAACUGAACAUUUUUCUAGUGUUCCUAAUUUUCCUUUAUUUCUGCACUUUUAUUUUUCUAAUAUAUGGUGAACAUUGUUAAAAUGCAAACUGAACAUUUAUUUAGUGUACGGUGAAUUUAUUUUGUAUUA